AAUAACAAUAACAAUAACAUAUGCGUUACAUAUUGUAUGUAGACGGCAAUAUUUAAAAUAUUUUUAUAUAGAUGGCAAACGACUUAUGUACAGUACGGUAGACGACAGUUAUUAUUAAAGUGUUUUAUUAAAUUUUCAUUAAAAAAAAAAGUAAAAUAAAUAAAGAAAAAAUUUUUAAUUUUGAAUUUGAAAAAAAAAAUUACUUAUAUGCAAUUAUAAACCUACAUUAUUUUUUUGUUUUAACAAUUUUUAAUUUUAAACUAAAAAAAAAAAAAAUUUUCAAUUAAAAAUUUUGUAAAAUUUUUUAAUAAGAACUUUCAAUUUUUGUAUACAAAUUGAUUUAAAAGAAAACAACAAUUAUAAUAAAAAAAUAAAAAAAAAAAAUACAAUAAUGAAUAAAAUACUAACGGUGAUACAAAUUUUAGUAAUUUACUUCAUUUUAUUGAAAAGUAAAUUUAUUGCAUCUAAAGAGAUAAAUUGUGCACUACCACCACCAAAUAUGGAUAUUCGAGAUUGUUGUCCUAUACCCGAUAUUAUUAGUGAUAAAUUAGGUGCUAAUUGUACUGAAUUUCAAAGAGGUUCCGGAAAGUUUUCAUUAUCACCAUGUUUUGUUGAAUGCAUUUUCAAUGCAACAAAUAUCUUUGAUCACGACCGUGAAAUUCAUCAAACGAAUAUCAGAACAUUUUUAUCAAAAGUAUUGGAGAAUAGCCAAGAAUUUUUGCCAAUUAUGGAAAUUGCAUUUGAAAAAUGUUCAUCAGAAGUUAAAGAUGUCUUAGAUAAAAGAGGACCACCAUCAUCAAUACAUCAUUAUUUACAACAUGAUAUGUGCAGUCCAUAUAGUACAAUGAUGGUUGCAUGCGUUCAAGCUGAAACAUUUAUAAAUUGUCCAGGUGAUAAAUGGAGAAAUGAUUUUGUUUGUAAUAAUGCAAAUGAUUUUUUAAAAAAAUGUGCAACAUUUUCAAAUGAUCUUGAUAAAGAAAAUUGAUUAUUUAUUUAUUUAU